UGUCUAGUUAGAAGAGCUGUAACGGUGGUGACGAAAACCCCGCCGCAGAGAGUUUGUCGGCUCGUCGACCUGCUGAACUUCUAACCUCUGCAAUCUUGCGCAAUCUAACCUUACACAUAUCGUGCGGUACAGAAACAUGGUACGGCCGAUUGUGUGUUACGUCUCGAAGUGCUUCCCGAAUUUUCGAAUUUAGCUCGACUCGGUUAAACGUGGGUUUUUAUUUCUCUUUUGGCGCGCCAGUUUUUAGCGGUCAAAAGCGAACGUUGAGAUUGAUGGACAUUGGCACGUGAUUUUUUUUCUCACUACGAACCACCCGUUGGACGUUCCAUUAACGUCGAUCGCCGUAACAAUGUUUUGAAAAAAAAAAAAAAAAAAAAUAAGUUGCUCUUCAAAAGUCAAGCAAAGAGACAGGAAUCAUUGAAAGUUUGUAAGCAAAGCACAAAUACGGACAAAUUUUUGUAUUGAUAAAUGAACUGAGGAUUUAUAUUAAUUAUCAAAAAUAAGAGUAAUUACUUGACAGAGAUUUUUAUCUUGUAUAAAGAAAACAGAAAACCACAAACAUGGCAGGCACAUACACAAAGAAAGAGUUUGGUGUAGGGCCAGAAGAACAGACCCUGCUGAAGGAUUCCAAUGGAACUCGCAUAGUGCCUGUGAAAGGAUCAGAACCUGUACGUCUUUCACCGGGAUGGGAAGGUACAGGUAGGCCGGACGACGAAUUGAAUUUUAAAGGUGUUACAAUGGAUCAAGCCGAUCUUGAAUUAAAUCCUCCUAGAGAUAGAUUAAAUUUAGUAUUUUGCAUACUGGUACUUCAUGGAAUUGGUGCCUUGAUGCCAUGGAAUAUGUUCAUAACAGCUAAAAAUUAUUUUGUCAGUUAUAAAUUAUCUAAGGAUUACACUGGUAUAGAUACAAAUUAUGCGACAAAUUUUCUUUCAUAUUUGGGAUUUGCGUCGCAAAUUCCGAAUUUGUUUUUUAAUUGGCUGAAUAUAUUUUUGCAAUUGGGAGGCAACUUGACAACACGUAUAGUAUGGAGUAUUUUCGUGUUGGUCUUGGUAUUUGUUUUUACUGUUGUUUUGGCAAUGACCGACAGUUCUGGUUGGCCCGGAGUAUUCUUCUGGGUUACUAUGAUAUCCGUAGUUAUAUUAAACACUGCCAAUGGAAUUUAUCAAAAUUCAGUGUUUGGUAUGGCGGCAAAAUUACCCAGCAAAUACACAGGCGCUGUUAUCUUGGGCUCGAAUAUUAGUGGAACUAUUACAGCUGUAAUAAAUUUUCUUGCUCAAAUAAUGUCACCGAACGCGCGCACCGCUGCAAUAUAUUACUUCAUCACGGCUUUGUUCAUCCUUCUGGCUUGCUUUGAUACGUAUUUUGCACUUCCGAUUAAUAGGUUUUAUCGAUAUCACGAACUACUUUAUCAGAAAGAAAUGAAGAAAAGACAGUUGGAAAACAGUUCAAGAGGAAAUCACAGACCGCCCUACUGGACGGUAUUCAAAGGAUGUUUUCCGCAAUGUUUCAAUACAUUUUUGAUCUUUUUUGUGACUCUAGCACUUUUCCCGGCCGUUCAAUCUGACAUACAGUCUUCAGAUAUAAAUUUUAUAAUAACAUCCGAACAUUAUAGCAGUGUUAUGUGCUUUCUGACAUUUAACAUUACUGCCAUGCUCGGAAGUUCACUUGCGUCGCUGGUUCAGUGGCCCAGCAAGAAAUAUCUGAUCAUUCCUGUAAUUCUGCGUCUCGCUUACAUACCGUUGUUCUUAUUAUGCAAUUAUCAACCAGCUCGUACGGAAAGAAUAUUGCCAGUAUAUAUAGAUAAUGAUUGGAUAUUCUGGAUCGUUGCCAUUACAAUGGGCUUUAGUAGUGGCUACUUGUCAUCGUUAUCGAUGAUGUACUGUCCAAGAAUGGUGGAUUCGCAAUACGCAUCGACGGCCGGUAUGUUCGGAGCGGCUUCCUUGAUCACAGGAAUUUUCACAGGAAUUUUGUUCUCAAUGGUGAUGCCGAGUGUCGUGGCCACUGUGACGUUUUGAAAAUAAUUUUGUCUCGAAAUGCUCGCAAUUACUCAGGAGUUAGAAAAAAAAUUGACAUAGAUAACACGCACUGUUUAAAAAAAAUCUCAAAAAUGUGUCCACAAAAAAGAAAAUGUAUUUCAGACGUUCUUGAGAUGUUUUUUAAACGCGCAUUAAACGCUGAGUGUUUGUCUCUCACAGUUACAUACAAACAACUAUUACGACAAACAAAAAAUGCAACAGUUAUUCUUGUCUUUUGACGAGGUAACAAUCGGAAAAAAAAAAAAAAAAAAAAACAAAUGAUAUUUCAGGAAAGAAACGACAGCUGUUUCAGCACAAAUAAGAGUAACGUUUUGGAAAGUGUUUACUUAUACAUAAGUUAAAUCUUCAUACAUAUAUAUAUAUAUAUAUAUAUAAAAUUAUACAACUCUUUAGAUAACAGAAUUAAUUAUAACGCGAAGCAAGCUUUUAAUUUAAGAUAAGAACCUUUCGAAGUGAGGUGUGUUUUUCAUAAGCGUGUGACAUAACAUUUUUAUUGAUGAGUUUUCACACCCUGUUAAUAGUUAAUUACGAACGUAAAAGUAGUUUUACGAACGUAAGUUAUAUGUUACAUACAUAAGAUCAUGUGAAGUGCAUUAAUACCACAGGAUGAUUUACAACAGAUCUGAGCGAUGUAACUUUCCUUGAGAAACUUGAAAACUUUCACAUAAAUUAAACGGUAAUUUUACUAUUUUUUCUGCUUUUUUUUUAGAUUUAAAUGACGCAAAAAGUUUACAUGAAAAAGUUUCAUAUUUCAUCUUGGAGAAAAGUACAUUACAUUGUAUUACAUCGCUAGUCUGUGCUGAAAAAAAUACUGAAAUCCAUGGUUUUACGAGGAUUAGAAAAACUAAUUCUCUAUUAUUAAUGCCCCUAUAUGAUACCGGACCAAUAAGCCUUAAAGUUAUAAAAAGAAGAACUAUACGGCGCUCCAGUUUUUACAUUGUUCAAACAGAGACCAUUAAGUCUCGAUAGAGAUUUAAUGAAACAAGUAUAUUUAGAGAUUGAUAUAUUUAAAUUGUUCCUGAAUUUUGUUUUCUUUACUGAUUAAGUUUAAAAUACAGAAUUAUAUCAUUGGGUUCUUUAAUAUUUUCACGUGCUUAAAGACGUGAUAAAAAAAUUAUAUCUUCUUAAAUAAGUAUUUCUAUACGUUACAAUUUUAUAUAGACUACAUAAUAUUUACGCCUUUACGUUGCCAUAUUUACAUUUUUCUACAGAAGCAACAAACAAAAGCUAGUUGGGUUGUAAUUUAAUUUAAUAUACUGGUCAAAUACUAAGUAAGUAUAAUUAAAACACAAAUAAUUAUACUUUACUAUAUAUAUACAUAUAAAACUGAAAUUUAUUAUCAGUUCUCGAACUAUGCGAUUGAAAUGUUUAUAAUAAAAUUAAGGCCAACACAUUGAUUGAUUGCAAAGUAAUACAAAAUAAAAACCUAGUACAGUGGCCUUUUUUUCUUACAAUUUGAUGAGGAUCUGACAUAUAAAAUCUUUUUCUCAAAUCUUUAUAUUUAUGUGUUUUGCAAUUAACUACUAAAUCGUGUAUUAAUGUUUUUAUGGUUGUUUAUUUAGCAUUUUUAGAAAAUAACAGUGUGGAUAUUUGAAAUAUUAGUUUUUUAAUUUUAUCAAAAUGUGUUCAAGUAAAUAAACUUUCCGUAAUAAGUA